CGAACUCUAUCCUUCGUUCGGAAGCUUUGCUUUGGAAAGGACGGCCUCCGCUUGCCCCAUUAUUACAGCUUUACCACUCCGCCGUCCGCUCCACCCCUGGCCAACCGAACUCACCGGCCUCGCCGGCGAUGACCUCCUCCUCGUCCGCCGCCGCUGCCGCCAUUCUCCCAGCCCCGUCGUCCACGCUCUCCCCGCACGCUGCUCCCUUCACCCUCCCCGCGCGCCCGGUCUGCACCCCUCCCGGGGGGCGCCUGGAUGGUGAUGCUUCUAGGUUGAUUGAUGAUAACUUUGUGUUGAAUGGAGAAGAUAAAAAAUCAUACUUGGUGUCGCCGGCAGUGUACUUUGGGAUGAAAUCGUCCGACGCUGCUUAUCCAACUCCAACCGGUACACAUGGAAUACACCAAAGUCAUCCAAGUUUGUCAUCUGGAGUUCGUGUCAAUGUCUAUCCAUCCUCAACUUCUUCUACAUCUGGGGUAGUUUCAGAACCAUCAGCCACGAUGGCUUCUGAUUUGAGGAAGCAACCGAUUCCCUUGACCUCAGGGAAGGGAAGGAAUGGAUGCAAAUAUACAAGAGUGACGAUAAGAAGUCCUCCAAAUAAAGCUACAGAAACUAACAUCAUCGGUUUCGGUUCUAUAAGCAAAUUGGCUAUAAGAGAAAAUGAUGAAUGCAAUAAAGAGUCUGGGAAAGAUAUCUCUUUCCACAGAAAUUUAGAAGUCAGUAAUUCUGCUAAUGACAAUGACACUGCACAAGGCACCAUGAUUCUCUCCAAAGAGCUAAAUUCUGACUUCACUGUCAAGCCUCUUCAUAUUCCAUCUACAUGUGCUAGCUCAUGUGUUUCAGUGGCUGAUGAUGUAAAUCCAGAUCCAUCAGAGUGUUCUGUGGAUUCACCAUGCUGGCGAGGAGCUUCAGCUUCUCGUGUUUCUUCAUGCGAUUUUCUUCAAAUAUCAGCUGCCCAGUCGAUUAAACAAAAGUUAGUGGAAUUUGAAGCAGGAGGGGAACAAAGCUCUAGCACUGUUCAACAUUAUGAGGCUCCGACUGAGCUUCAAAAUUUGGUUGCUUGCAACAGUAAGCAAAACCAUUCACAACACAAUGUUGAAUUGGGUUUGCCAAAGAAAUCUGGAGACCUUGACACAAACUUGGCAAAAGAUCCCCAUGGGGAGGAGAUUAAGCUUGCAAAACACGGGGCAGAAAAAUGUAUCACAGAGCAGAAACACUGUUUGGAUGUGAGAGAUAAUUGCAUGAAGCGAUCUGGCCUAAACACUGCUGCUCCUGAUUUUAUUCCGUCAUCAAUCAGGAAAUCAAAUGCUGGCAAUGGUUCCUGUUCUUCAACUGGAAUGAACAUAUCAGGAAUUCUGAAGGCGAUCGAUAGUCUAUCGGGGGUGCUACAGAAUAAUUAUUCUGAUGAAAUUGAGCUAGAGGAGCAUGAUCACAGCCUCCUUCGAUCAGUAAUUGAGAAUCUUCAGAGUUACCUUGAUAAAGCAAGAAAGGGUCCUGUUAAAGGCACUUCUGACAAGGCAGUACUAAAGGGCCAGAAUGCAGUUUCAAAAUCUGUUGCUGAAAACUACAAUGGUAGUUACACUGCAGAUAACGGAAAAGGCAUAAUUAUUUCUAAUCUUGCUGAUUCUAGUCAUUUGCUCCAUGACUUUGGGAAAAAUAGCUUGAAAGGGUACCAGCCUUCACCUAACAAUUUUCCGAAGGAGUUCUUUUGCGAGGAGGAUCACUCGCAGGUUCUUGUCUAUAAGAGUUUGUGGAUUGAUGCAGAACGUGUAAAUUGCGAGUUGAAGUAUCAACUGAAACAAAUUCAUAUGGAAAUUGACCUAGAUUCCAGCAUGGCUCAUAUUGGUGGUCCAAGAAACCCUUCUUUACAGCUAUGUGAUAUGGAUACAGAUCUGAGAAAUUCUUAUGGAUCUGCCAUAACUUCCCCACCGAUGCUCAAGGACCAUCCUGGAGCAAGAAAGAGUCAAAACCUCCUUUAUGCUGGUGACUGCAUUCAGUCAGGAGACAACAGUGUUCUAUCAAGAUCAAAAGGCUACAUCACUGUGCCAAAGAAUAUUCAGAGUGAAAAAUUCCUGUCAGGCUUGGAAGAAACUGGUGUCCGGCGACGUGCGCAUUCUGGUCUGCAGCUGGCACCAAAUCGAUCUCACAGGGGGUUGGACUCGAGCACUUCGGAUGGAGUGUCAUCACUCUCACAUAUCACUGGAAGGGAUGACAUUUCGCGUGGCAGUUGUGAGCUUGGAUGGUCAGAUUGGGAGCAUGUGCUGAAGGAUGAAUUCGCCUGAAGCUGAAGGGAUCUGCUAGCCAGAUGCAUAUAUACUGUUGUACAUAUAUGAGCAACCACGAAUGCAGGAAUUUGGAACCUCUAAGUGUAUAUUUUGCUUGAUAAGGCUGAUGAAAACGGCACUGUUAGGCAAAAUAGUGCUGCUCCAGCCUGCGAAAAACAGUUCCAUCAUAUCUGUCCUGUCUUAGGAACAAUGCUCAUAAAUCAUAACUUGGAUGAGUA